AAAGAAGAAAAAAACAAAUUCCUUAGUUUAUUCAAAGUAGCCGUUUCCGCCUGUCUCCAUUUAAAUUCAAACCUCUCAGAGGCCAAUUUUUUAUACUCUCUCCUACGUCUCAUUCGAGCGCACAGUACAGACAGAUUCCACUUCACAUUAUGCAUAUGCCUCAGCCUCAGUGUAGAGCUCCCGCAGCCGAGAAGCUCCGGCCGAGCUCCGGCCGGAAGCCUCUCCAGCCGAGGAACUCUCCGGCUACUCCGAUCCCCGUGCUCCCUAGAUCCAAGCCAAAGGGGGACCUUAUCGAGAUCUACUCCGCAACCGAAUCGAACAAGGAGAACCUCGUCCUCGCCAGUCCCAUUCCAGCUUCUCCGGCCAAGGUCGAGCCCAUCCUCGACUCCUCGCUCGCGGAGGAGCUCAGCGCUGUGAAGAAGAAGCUCGAGAGGCUGAGGUUGGACCGGGAGAAGACCGAGCAGACGUUGAGGGAGCGGGAUACGUUCCUGGAGGCGCAGAUGAAGGAGAUCGAGAGGAGAGGGGAAGUCCAGAAGACGCUCGAGAUCGAGGUCGACCGGUUGUACAGGCUGAAGCAGCUGCAUAUAUCGUGCAUGAGGGUGUCUCCGAUUCGAUCAUUGAGGGAGAAGCAGCAACAUAAGAGAACUACCGAACUGCAGCCGGUCUCGUUUUCAUUCUCCCAGGAAUUGAAAUCUGAAGAAAUGGAGGAAUCUGUGGGCGAGACAGCGAGGGAGGCAGAGGCAGACAGUCCCUGUUCUAUUUCUUCAGAAUCACUCAUCGAGAAAUGAAGAAUUGUCUCUCUUUCUGUCUCUACCUCUGUCUAAUUUUACUUGUCUUUUUUUUUUUUUCCUUGGGAUAAUGUUCCAAAGAAAAUUAUAAUGUCUCAUUGUAAUUUCGGGCUCAGAAUGAAAUGAGAAUUUUUUUUUAGAAA